AUGAGUGCCAAAGAAAGUACAGAAAAAAAGAAAUAUAAAUUAGUGGCUCCUGACGGUGGAUAUGGCUAUAUGAUAGCGUUAUCUGCUACCAUCAUUCUUACCACAGCUACAAUGUUUCAAGGUUGUUUCGGUCUAAUUUUUAAAAAUUUCAUGGAAGAAUUAGGCAUUAACUCAGUACAUGUAACGGUGAUGAUGGGCAUUGGUUCAAUAUGUUCAGCUGCAUCAGGUUUUCUAACGGGCACUUUUGUAAAAUUCAUGAGCUUGCGCAUGCUUACCUUAUUGGGUGCAGUACUCCUUAAUAUUGGGACGUUCGGUUGUGUCUUUGCAAACACAAUGUUCACGUUUUAUGUCUUCAAUGGAAUAUUUCCGAGUAUUGCACUGGGCAUUUUAUUCAAUGUAUCAUUCACUACUCUGAAUCUAUACUUCGUGGAGAAAAGAAUGAUGGUGAUCAGUUUCUGCCAGACUAUUAUUGCUUUGGUAACCAUGGUAGUACCAAUGUUCCUAAAGUGGUCUUUAGAAGAAUAUGGGUUCCGUAGUACGUUGUUAUUAGUGUCAGGAAUAAGUAUGAACUGUAUUUUCGGAGCAAUUUUGAUACAGCCAGUAGAAAAAUACAUGAGAAAGGUGGAGAUAGAAGAAAAAGAUGAACUUUUAAUUAGUGAUAAGGAAUUAAAACAAAAACUUAAAUCAGAAGUAAAGUUAAAUGACAUAGAAGGCAAUAUAUCUGAAAAAUCGCUAGAACUUUCUGAAGAAAAUGAAAAAACUAAUAGAUUAACAAAAAUUUAUAAUACUUUGCUCGAUAAGUCAUUGCGUAAGACGUACUUACUGUCAUGCGUUUGUUAUGGUCCAACAUUGUGUAUGUUUGCGGAUGUGACAUAUAUUGUAAUGUUACCACAAGCAUUAUAUACAGCCCAUUGGAGUCAGGAUAAUGUCGCUUUGGCUAUUUCGUUAAUAGGUUUUGGAGACUUAACUAUGCGUAUAGUUUUCAUAUUUAUCGGUAACUGGAUGUUUAAAUUCGGCAGUGCAGAAAUUUAUGUUGCCGGAAUCAUCCUUGCCCUCGUGGCUAGACUUGGCCAACUUUGGACUAAAAGCUUCAUAGCGAAUAUGAUAUUUAUCACUUUAGCGGGAAUCGCACGGUGUUCUAUUGCAAUCUUACUUCCAGUGGUGAUAGCAGAUGCCGUAUUACCAGAACAGUUCUCAUCAGCUAUGGGUAUCUCCAUGAUGUUCUCUGGGUUGACGAACUUGUCACUUGGAUUUGCUAUUGGUGGUGUACGAGAUUUGACGAAUAGUUACGACGUAGCCUUUUACUUAAUUGCGUCGUGUUUCGCUUUAGUCGCUAUUUUCUGGACUAUAGAGCUGUUUUACAAGAAAAACAAACACAAAAGACAACUGAGGAGAGAAUACUUGAGACAGAAGCAAAAUGUCAAGAGCUAA